AUAGAAGUCAUCCGGAGCGAGGCGAUCACGGGACUACGAUAUGUAUAACACUGUCAAUGGACAUCAAUGGAUAUCAUCAUAGCGUAGAUACCUGGAAUCUCCGUGUUCCCCUUUAUACCGUUGAUUUUUAUCUACCGAGGAUGAUAGUUUUAUGAGGAUUAGUGACUAAUUGUGUGAUCGAAUGGUGGCGAUGUGGAUAUAGAAUCGAAAGUUUCGAGUGAAAACGGAAAGAUGGCGAUUAACGAACCUGAUGACUUCAUGUGGAAAUUUUGUAAAGGUUCCAGUAUUUUGAAUUUCUCGGAGGUAAUUGAUGGAUCAUUCCCAGAGUUUAGCGAGUGUUUCCAGCAAACAUUGUUGGUAUGGAUACCGUGUGGAGUUCUUCUGCUGUCUUUUCCCUUCUACCUGUUUUACCUACACAGACAGUUCAGCGACAAAUUCGUUGUCACCAGUCCGUGUUGCUGUUUCCAUGUCGCAAAACUGCUGGUGAAUGUGUUACUUGUGUGUGUGGUAUUGGUUGAGCUGGUCUACUAUACCAAAGUACAUGAAGAAUUUCCAGUAGCAGUUAUAGUUGCCUGCAGCCUCAAAAUGCUGGCUUUUAUCAUAUCGGGCCUACUGACCCAUAUCCUGCGGGUAAAGGGUACCCACACAUCUGGCCUUCUGUUUCUCUUCUGGCUGCUGAUGGUCAUCGCUGGAAUUAUACCUACAUACACCAAACUUAUGAAUGAGGAGUAUGACACAAAUCUGUUCCUCUUCGUAACAUUCUUCUGCUACUACCCACUUGUUAUAGUACAACUUUUCCUUCACUGCUUUGCAGAGCAUAAGUUAUAUAUAUUGGAUGAGGAAGAAAAGGAGUAUGACACGAAUCUGUUCCUCUUCGUAACAUUCUUCUGCUACUACCCACUUGUUAUAGUACAACUUUUCCUUCACUGCUUUGCAGAGCAUAAGUUAUAUAUAUUGGAUGAGGAAGAAAAGCAUUUCUGGAUUUCGUCUUAA